UUUCUGAAUCAUGAAGGCUUCCGGCAGGAACACUGUAGAUACAUAUUUUUGUAAAAUUUCCAUUCAAUAAUACAUAAAAUCCCAUAUAGAAAACCUGGAAGUCAUCCUCUGUAUAUCCAAGAAUGUGGUUGAAGACCUGGAUUUUGAUCUUAUGUCACUUUGCUAUUGUGGGUUGCAUAAAGGAGAAAUUUGUCGCCGGAAAUAAUUUUCUGCUAAAAGACUCUCCUGCUGAAGAUGGCAGUAAUUCUGCAAGAGGGAGACCUGAAAGGGCAGUAUCCAGAGGAGGCUACUGUAGACUACGAGGCUGCUGCCCAGGCAGGGAUGAUGGUUGCAACUUUCAAUAUAAUGCAAGAAAUGCCAUAUGUUACUGUGAUUCCUUCUGUACUUCAGGCUCUCCUGCUUCUAUAGACUGCUGCCCUGAUUUUUGGGUAACCUGCUUUGGACACCCUACCACGCAACCAGCAAACAUAAGGACACGCCCAUUACAGCAAGAGGGUUGUACCAAAGGUGGUCACCGUUAUGGAGAAGGGGCAAUCUUUAAAGACAACUGCAACUCCUGCAAGUGCAUAAACAAUCAUUGGAUGUGUUCAGAUGAAACAUGUCUUGUGAGGCCCAAUUUAAUUAAUCAGAUCAACAGUGGAAGCUAUGGAUGGAAAGCCAGUAACUACAGCCAGUUUUGGGGAAUGAGCCUGCAGGAAGGUUUCAGCCAGCGUCUUGGCACAUUUCCCCCGUCUGCUGCCCUACUGGACAUGACACCUGUUGCAGGUAACUUGAUGACAGAAAUGGAUUUCCCUGAACAUUUUGUUGCCUGGCAUGAAUGGCCAGGGUGGAUUCAUGACCCUCUAGAUCAAAGGAACUGUGCGGCGUCCUGGGCUUUUUCAACUGCAAGUGUUGCUGCAGAUCGAAUGGCAAUUCAUUCCAAAGGCCGUUUCACAGACAACCUCUCCCCUCAAAAUUUGAUCUCUUGUGACACCAGGAAUCAAUAUGGAUGUAAAGGAGGCAGCCUAAAUGGCGCUUGGUCUUACCUAAAAAAUUAUGGGCUGGUGUCUCAUGCAUGCUACCCCUUAUUCUGGAGCCACCAUCCCCACAAUACUUGUGCCAUUUCAAGUAUAGUUGAAACAGAUGGGGAAAGACGUGCUACACAUCCGUGUCCAAAUAAUGUGGAACCAUCCAAUCGCCUUUAUCAAUGCAGUUUUCCAUACAGGAUCUCCUCGAGGGAGGCCAGCAUAAUGGAAGAAAUCAAGGAAAACGGGCCAGUGCAAGCUGUCAUGCAAGUGCAUCAUGAUUUCUUCCUUUACAAAAGUGGGAUUUAUAAGCACAGGAGGAAUGCAGGAGGCCCAUCACAAUCUAGUCAUCAGAGUAAAACUCAUUCGGUCAAAAUUGUUGGGUGGGGUGUACUGCAAGAUACAGAAGAAAAAAGGCAGAAAUAUUGGAUAGUUGCAAAUUCCUGGGGAAAGACCUGGGGAGAAAACGGCUACUUCAGGAUUUUACGUGGACAAAAUGAAUGUGAUAUUGAAAACCUGAUUAUAGCUACCAAGUGUCACUUUUAAAAAGUUUUCAUUUGUGAUAUUUCCCAACAAUUUUUAACAAAUAAAUAAAUAAAUAAAUAAAUAAAUAAAUAAAUAAAUAAAUAAAUAAAUAGGCUGUAUAAUUCAUCAUCAAUAUACACCCUUGUGAUUUGGGGAAGGGGGGCAGAGUAAUUGUUUUAAUUUAGAUAAAUGUGUGUUUU